AUGUUUCGUCUAAGACGAGUCUUUCCAACUGGCCGAGUGGUAUCCCGGCUUAGCCCACCAUCGCCUGAGCGCAGUCCCUUUAAGAUCCGCCAUGUACAGCUUCAGAGACCGUGGGUCCGAACAUUCGUUAAGAAAGGCUUUCUUUUCGGAGUGGCAUUUUAUCUAUGGAGUUCGCUCGUACUCCUCCAAUUCGACGAGGACGACGACGAGACACAAGAGACUCUUGUUGAGAGGACAAGCAGAGAUGAAGAAGCGAGAGACACAAAGUCUAAUGUCGACACCCAAGGAUCAGUUGAUUCGGAUGAAAUAUUUGUCCCACUGGGCUGGCCCCAGAUUCACGAAGGAGAGCUCUACUCAGCAUCGGAUCCGGAAUGGCAGGAAUUUGUUAAGAUAUCUCGAGAUCGCGCAAAGCUCCAGUCUCUAAGAGAUGAACUGGCAUCGAUUGCGUUAACAAGUGCAAAUCGGUCCCACCUACUCUCGCGCAUUCUAGGAGGUCCUUUGACCGUCACAAGACUCUGGCUUGUACAUUGGUUUCCAUCCCGGGCCCCUCCAACCUACAGUCGUUCCGGGCUUGAAAUAACUGACUACGGUGUAUCCUGGACCUCGAAACAGAUCUCCGCAGAGGUUGGGGACCGAAUAGUGAGAUGCGCCCGGCCAGGCUAUGUGACAAUUGCUAUGAAAGAUGCUUUGAUGGUUUUGUUGAAGAGGCAGGCCGCCCGGCUUGGCAUGACACGCUUCGGCCAGGAACAACAGCAGGAAGCAACGGUUUCGCCUUCUCAAAAGAAAGAAACCCCGCGUGAUAUUAAUUCUUUGGAGGCGCUGGAUCGUAUAACUCAAGCUCGGGGCUCACCUCCACCGGAAGUUUCUCGUGAAGGAACACCGCAAGACAAUACGGAGACUCGUCUGCACUCGUCUUUCCUUAUUGCCGCACUACAAAUGCUGCCGCUGCCAACUUUUGGGCCCGGCUCCGAUCUUUUCGCUGCUAGGGCAGCUUUCAAGCUGCGAUUACAAAAUUGCUUGGCUCGAGAACGGCGCACCCCUCCUCGUGGGGUCUUCUACUUUUCUGGGCCUGUUGGUCUUAAGGGUUCGAAGGGAUUUUGCAGGGUUGAAGUAAAGGGCGAGUAUAAUCCGGCGUCAGCAAGCUGGAGUCGAGUUACAAUGCAGCUCAAAGACCUAAGCCUUUUCAAGCAGAAACCCCGGGGCGGCUCAUAA